UCCCAACUUACUCAACACCUUCCUUUUCCUUAACUCAUUACAUUAUAUAUCUAAAACUCUGUCUUAUCUUCUACCAACAUAUAUAUAUAUAGCUUCGCCACACACAUUAAACCUUAAACCCAAAGUUGUUAAUGGAUAAGUGGUAUUUGCUUAGCCGCCUAAGGAGGGCGGUGAACAAGGUAAAAGUGUUGCUGAAUUUCAAUAUGAAUCGAUGGCGUAUUGCUUCCAUGAUCGGUACUUCUCGGAGCAGCAAAAGGCUGAGCUUCACGGAUAGGCCAGGGUUGAGGGCGUGUGCGGAUGACAAUGAUUCCGAAGAUUCGGGGUAUUGUUGUAAUCGACUGGCUCGGACAACAAGUUAUCCAUCGGAGGAUGAUAUUGACAAGAGAGCUGAGAUGUUCAUUGCAAAUUUUCAUCGACAACUUCAGAUUGAAAGGCAGGUUUCAUUGGAGCUCAAAUACCUUCGUCUGAACAGCUUUGACAACAUUUCUCCCUGAUUAAUGUAUGCUUCUAUUCCCUCAUUAUUUCAUUUGUAUUUAUUUCGGAAAAAAACAAUAAAGGAUUGAACAUUGAAGCUUUUAUUGGCAAUUAAAUUCAGUGUGAAUAUUUUGUAAUGGAAACCCGCAAGUUUUAUCGGAGGUUGUCCAGUUUUGCAAA